AUUCCGAACUCGUCGCCUUCUCUCCACCCAUCGUCCUUUCUCUGCCAUUCGUCUUUCUCCACCACCAUUCAACAUUCAUCCAUCCCCUCUCAAUUCCACCUCCCAGAGACGAUUUUCUAUAGACAUACUGCUGCUUCAUAAAGCUGCAUGCAUAUAAAAUACAUGCAUAACGUUCAUGCGCAUUGUACCUCUCUUUUAUGCACCUUCUUGUUUUCCGACGAUUGUUCGAAAUGCCGCCGCUAUUUUUUCGCCGUUUAACAUUUCUCCUAACUUUUCACCUUACAAUUUUGAACCCUAGCUUUCCUUCCGCAUCCGCUUCUCCCUCCGAUUUCUCGAUUAUCGAUUACGACGCAGCCUCCGACUUAUUUCACCGCGAUUAUUCCCCACCGACGCCUGCACCGCCUCACCCUCCCCCGCUAUCAUGCGAAGAUCUUAAAGGUAUCGGCUCACUCAACACCACCUGCCAGCUUAAUUAUAGCUUGAACUUCACCAAUGAUAUUUAUGUUCCUGGAGAUGGCAAUUUAUUCAUUCUUCAAGGGGUAGUUCUAGCUUGCCCCAGCUCAGGUUGCUCGAUUGUGGUUAAUAUAACCGGAGAAUUUAGAUUAAACCCAAGCGCUAAGAUUGUAGCUGGUUCCGUUUAUAUUGAGGCCGGAAAUGCUACUUUAUUUACUGGAUCGGUGAUUAAUUCAACCGCAUUGGGAGGUGAGCCAUCCAUAAUCACAGGGACUCCGACUGAGGCUCAGGGUGCCGGUGGGGGAUAUGGAGGGAGAGGGGCAAGUUGUGUGAUGGAUAAUAAGAAGUUACCUGAGGAUGUAUGGGGAGGGGAUGCGUAUGGGUGGGACUGGUUGAUGGAGCCGUGGAGUUAUGGGAGUAAAGGAGGUACUACUAGUAAGGAGGAUGAUUACGGAGGGAAAGGUGGAGGGAGGAUUUGGAUACAAGUGAAGGAUAGUGUGGAUGUUAGCGGAGUUCUAUUAGCGGAUGGAGGAGAUGGUGGGACUAAAGGAGGAGGAGGUUCUGGUGGCAGCAUUUACGUCAAGACUCGGAAAAUGACAGGAAGUGGAAGAAUAAGUGCUUCUGGAGGUAAUGGAUUUGCUGGGGGAGGAGGGGGAAGAGUUUCCGUCAAUGCUGUUAGCCGGCAUGAUGACCCUACAUUGCUGGUUCACGGGGGAAGAAGUUUUGGCUGUCCAACUAACGCUGGUGCUGCUGGGACAUUUUAUGAUGCUGUCCCUCGAAGACUAAUGAUCAACAAUCAAAAUAUGUCAACGGAUACUGACACGCUUCUUUUAGCAUUUCCAAAUCAGCCACUUUGGACAAAUGUUUAUAUUCUGAAUCGCGCUCGGGCUACAGUUCCUUUGCUUUGGAGUCGUGUACAGGUUCAAGGACAACUUAGUUUGUCAUGUGGCGCAGCUUUAACCUUUGGACUUGUACAUUAUGCCUUAUCAGAGUUUGAGUUGAUGGCAGAAGAACUUUUGAUGAGUGACUCGGUGAUUAAGAUCUAUGGGGCAUUGCGAAUGUCUGUCAAAAUUUACUUGAUGUUGAACUCCAAAAUGCUUAUAAAUGGUGAUGGAGAUGCAAUUGUUGCAACAUCUUUGCUUGAAGCCAGCAAUUUGGUGGUACUUAAGGGAUCAUCUAUGAUACAUUCGAAUGCAAAUUUGGGAGUCCAUGGACAGGGUUCAUUGAACUUAACUGGACCAGGAGAUCUUAUUGAAGCCCAGCACUUGGUUUUGUCACUGUUUUACAGCAUAAGUGUUGGGCCUGGAUCUGUUCUAAGAGGGCCCAUGCAAAAUGCAAGUAAAAGUUAUAUGGCUUCAAACCUUCAGUGUCAUCUACGGGAUUGCCCUGUGGAAUUGCUUCAUCCACCUGAGGAUUGCAAUGUGAAUGCAUCUUUGUCCUUCACUCUUCAGAUAUGUCGUGUCGAAGAUGUAAUUGUUGAAGGCCUUGUAGAAGGAUCCAUUAUUCACUUUCACUGGGUCAGAACAGUAGUUGUAAAACCCUCAGGAGAAAUAAGUGCAUCUGGGCUGGGCUGUAUUGGUGGCUUGGGAAGAGGUGAAGUUUUGCCCAGUGGUCUAAGUAGUGGAGCAGGACAUGGUGGUAGGGGUGGGGAUACAUUCUAUGAUGGCAGUUACAUUGCUGGUGGUAGUGUUUAUGGUGAUGCUGAUUUGCCUUGUCAACUUGGUAGUGGAAGUGGAAAUGAUAGUUUACCUGAUGCAGCUGCUGGUGGUGGUAUCAUUGUUAUGGGUUCACUGGAGCAUUCGUUGUCACUUUUGUCUGUCUAUGGUUCACUUCAAGCAAAUGGAGAGAACAAGGCAAAAUAUAGUAGAAAGCUAGAGGGUGAGACCAUUUCAGAAGCAGGUGGUGGGGGUGGAUCCGGAGGAACCAUUCUUCUAUUUCUUCAUAAUUUGGCACUUGGUGAUUCCUCUGCCAUUUCAGUUGUUGGGGGAUUGGGCAGUAGUAAUGGUGGUGGUGGAGGUGGUGGAAGGGUUCACUUUCAUUGGUCAGACAUGUCCAUGGGAGAUGAAUAUCUGCCCGCAGCUAUUGUAAAAGGAACCAUCAAUAUUGGAGGAGGAUUUGGUCGAGGUAUGGGUCAAAAUGGGGAAAAUGGAACAGUCAGUGGAAAAGCAUGCCCAAAAGGGCUGUAUGGGAUAUUUUGUCAGGAAUGCCCAAUUGGAACAUACAAGAAUGUAAGUGGAUCUGAUCAAGCCCUUUGUCAUAAAUGCCCAUUUCAUGAGCUUCCACGACGUGCUACAUAUGUUGCUGUUCGAGGAGGUGUUACUGAAACGCCUUGCCCAUACAUGUGUGUCUCGGAUAGAUAUCACAUGCCAAACUGUUAUACAGCCCUUGAAGACUUGAUUUAUGCUUUUGGUGGACCAUGGUUAUUCGGUUUUAUCCUCCUAAGUCUCCUUGUUCUGUUAGCUCUCGUUUUAAGCAUAGCUAGGAUGAAAUUUGUCUGCGCAGAUGAAUUACCAGACCGUGUGCCUACUCGCCGGGCCUCACCAAUUGAUCGCUCAUUCCCCUUCUUAGAGUCACUGAAUGAGGUUUUAGAAACCAAUCGAACUGAGGAGUCACAAAGUCAUGUGCACAGAAUGUAUUUCAUGGGAGCCAACACUUUUUGGGAACCCUGGCAUCUUCAUCAUUCGCCACCUAAGGAAGUAAUAGAAAUUGUAUAUGAGGAUGCCUUUAACAGAUUUGUGGAUGAAAUCAACUGUUUAGCUUAUUACCAUUGGUGGGAAGGUUCAGUUUAUAGCAUUUUUUCUGUUUUUAUGUACCCGCUUGCCUGGUCAUGGCUUCAGUUCUGCCGGAAGAAAAAGAUACAACAACUACGUGAAUUUGUUCGAUCAGAAUAUGAUCAUGCUUGCUUGCGCUCUUGCCGUUCACGUGCUUUGUAUGAAGGACUGAAGGUUGCUGCAACUUCUGAUCUAAUGCUUGCAUAUGUGGAUUUUUUCCUUGGCGGUGAUGAAAAAAGGGAUGACCUCCCUCCUCGUCUUCAUCAGAGAUUUCCAAUGUCUGUUGUUUUUGGGGGAGAUGGAUCUUAUAUGGCUCCUUUCUCUCUUCAGAGUGAUAACAUUCUUACUUGCCUAAUAAGCCAGUCAGUUCCACCUACAAUAUGGUACCGACUAGUGGCUGGUCUAAAUGCCCAGUUGCGUCUAGUUCGCCGUGGUCAUUUCAGGGCCACUUUUAAUCCAGUUAUCUGUUGGCUAGAGACACAUGCAAAUCCCACAUUGAAAUCCCAUGGUGUGCGUGUUGAUCUGGCUUGCUUCCAACCUUCAGCUUCUGGUUAUCGCCAGUUUGGACUUCUUGUAUGCGCUAUUGAAAGUGAAGCUUUAAGAUCUGCAGUUGAUAGACCAGAUAAACAUAGCUUACUUGAGAAACAGUCAAGCUUGCCGGGUACUCGUUGGAGGAAAGCACUGGAUCUUGUGAGAGUCAAUGAACCUGCAAUAUCACAUAAAAGGAUAUCUGAAGAAAUUUUGAUCACCAAGAACCUUCGGAUGCUUAAUGAGAAGAUGACUAUUAGUUUUCCUUUCUACUAUAUAAUUCGCAAUACAAAACCCAUAGGACAUCAGGAUCUUGUCGGUUUGGUAACAUCAGUGCUUCUUCUAGGAGAUGUUAGCUUAGUCUUGCUUACUCUGCUUCAGCUAUACUCCAGUUCAGUGUUGGACUUCUUUUUGGUCUUGUUUAUUCUUCCUCUCGGCAUUCUUCUUCCAUUCCCAGCAGGAAUCAAUGCAUUAUUCAGUCAUGGACCUAGGCGCUCAGCAGGUUUCAUGCGUGGAUAUGCACUAUGGAAUAUUACCUCAGUGAUAAAUGUUGUGGUUGCAUUUGUAUGCGGAUUUGUCCAUUUUAAGACCCAAUCCUCAUCAAAUAAAAAGCAUUGGAACAUUCAAUCCUGGAAUUUUACCCUGGAUGAAAGUGGAUGGUGGAUGCUUCCUUCUGGACUGCUCCUGUGUAAAAUAUUCCAGGCGCGGCUGAUUAAUUAUCAUGUGGCAAACCUUGAGGUCCAAGAUCGGACAUUGUACAGUAAUGACCCUGAUGCAUUCUGGAGGUCGUGAACCUGUGUCUCAGAGCUGGCUGCCCAAUAUGUCUUCCCCGUUUCUAACUGUUUUUUGCCUUUGUAUCCUUCAUUAAAUGUGAUCUAAUGGACUGGCCAGUAGUGUACAGGACUGCAAAGUAUGGGGUACUCUUUAGUAGUAGGUAGUUUUUGAAUAUAGAUAAUGAGGGCGUGCAUCAAUUUUUCGUUCUGCAGUCUGUUUUGUGAGUUGUACCAAUGUAGAUAUGUACGUUAUACGUGUACUGGUUCGGGCAUUCUCAUAGACAAAAAAGAAAACAUCGAAUAUGGCAUUGUCAAGUGUGCAGCUUUUUGUUUUUCCUUUCGGCUGAAGCUAAGGAAUGUAAAUGAUUGGAGCAUCCAUUAAGCCGAUUAACUCAAUUUUGUCUAUUUGGCAAAGUGGAAUUUGACGAUGCA